GAGAGCACAAUCGAUUUUACUCAAGGACUGGUAGGAUGGCAUACUGCGGGUCUGUCGGUAGCGUCAAUGUGUUGGCAAUUAUGAGCACGGAUUUGUUCGACGAGUCUCAAGAGAACCCAUUCCUUCUUCAACAGCGAUCACCGUCGCCGCCCAAGCAAAUGAUGGAAAGUCCUCGAUCAGCGCAACAGGUGUCCUUCGCCAAGGGAGCAGAGCUGCCGCUGGGCGACUCACCUACAGAGUACAAUUAUCAAACACAGGGCGCCAGCUCUCCGUUCAAGUUUUCAUCACACUCUCAACCGGUAUCACCUCAAUAUUCACCGGGACGGACAGCCUCCUUCUCCAGUCCGCGUAGCAUUCUGAAGCGCCAGUCCAGCUACGACUCCGAUUUGUCUACCAUUUCAUCAACUCGUGACCAGCAGCAACCGCAGCAGACGAUUGAUCCACUCGUGACCGAUCCAGAGCUGCACAAGUUGCUAUACUCCCUGACCCGCUUCGGCCUCGCGAACGGCGCGCCUGAACCCACUCAAGACCAGCCUCUUAGCUCAAGCUCGUUGUGGUUUCGCGGAGGAGAGCUGGAUAACGACACGCAGAGCCAAGAUAGAAGGGACGAAGCUGAACGUCGUGCAUCUCGCGCCAGCAUGACCAAGCGGAGACGUUCGAGCAAAAAGCAGUCGUGUGUGCGGCGCCAGGAUCCUACGAGCGGAUCGCGCGGAUCCGUCACCUUUUCAACUGUGAAGAACCUGCUACGCGGUGGCGGACUCGCUGGGCGUACAGCUAUCAAGAACAUCCCCGACGUCCAGCGCAAGAAAAGUAUGGGCACGAUUUCGUCACGCCUUAAAGUUAACCAGAAGUUUGUGCGACCGACAAUCCAAACCGAUGCAUACCACCGAGUGAGCAACAUGAAGCUAGGCACGAGCCCGUUGAAAGUGCAGGCCAAACACAUCGCAUUCCCCGAGCGGCGGGAUACCGAUAUUUGGGAUCGCGAGGAGGCCGAUGCAGGCAUGCCUCCCCCGAAGGGCCAGCUCAAACGCGAUUCGUUCAUUACACUGGAAACCCUGGACAAGAUAGGCACCCGUGCUGCAUGUCCUGUACAUCUCAUCGACGUGGAGAAGCCCGACUAUUCUGGCGUAACUGCGCGCGUGGACAGCUACAACCACGUGCGUAGUCCGAAGCGAGGAUUACGGCGCCCGUCCACGUGGCUCGCUGGUGCUGCCCUGGAUGCGCGUGUUGCUUACUACGAGGAACACCCAGUCCAACAGUAGGCAGCAAUAGAUAUCCAUUCGUAUAAAAACGUCUGCAACAAUACCAUGAAUGUCCAUCAGUGUA